CCGGUCACCCAGCAUGCAGCGCGGCAGCGUGAGAAUCAUGGCGGCUUAGUGAGAGCGGAGUAACAACGUAAGAAGUGACCAGGGCGCCGGAAUAAAGAGAUGGCUGGGGAGCUGACUGACAAACGUGAUCGGGAUGGGUCUCCAUCAAAGGAUCGCAAGCGCUCCAGGUCUCGGUCUGGUGAGAGAGACCGUGACCGGAAAUCUUCUCCAUCAAAGGACAGGAAGAGACAUCGUUCUAGGGAAAGGAGGCGAUCUCGCAGCCGUUCCCGUUCUCGGUCUAAAUCUAAUGAUAGGGAUAGAAGGCAAAAAGAUAGGAAGAAAGAUGGAGGUCGAGAGAAGGAUACCCACCGCCGCGACAAAGACAAAAAACGAUCCAGAAGUCCCUCACCCAGCCGCACCAAAGACCAAAAGGUGAAAAAAGACAUCAAAAAGGAAACGGAGGAAGAUGCACAAGAAAAGAAAACUAAGGCGCAGCCCCUUUCUCUGGAAGAGCUGUUGGCUAAGAAGAAAAAAGAAGAGGAGGCAGAGUCUAAGCCAAAAUUCCUUUCCAAAGCGGAACGGGAGGCUGAAGCCAUCAAACGCAGGCAACUGGAGGUGGAAGAUCGACAGAAGCUAAUAGAAGAAGAAAGGAAGAAAAGAAAGCAGUUUCAGGAUCUUGGAAGGAGGAUGAUGGAGGAUCCUCAGGAAAGGGAGAGACGAGAGCGGAGAGAGCGAAUGGACCGGGAAAAUAAUGGCAAUGAAGAGGAUGAGGGAAGGCUGAAAGUCAGAGAAGAGAAGGAUAAGACCAAGGAACUUCAGGCUAUAAAGGAACGUUACCUUGGAGGUAUAAAGAAGAGAAGACGCACUCGGCAUUUGAAUGACAGAAAGUUUGUGUUUGAAUGGGAUGCAUCGGAGGACACGUCUAUUGAUUACAACCCUCUGUAUAAAGAGCGACAUCAUGUUCAGCUUCUUGGCCGUGGCUUUAUUGCAGGUAUAGAUCUUAAACAACAGAAGCGUGAACAGUCCCGCUUUUAUGGUGACCUAAUGGAAAAGAGGAGGACUUUGGAGGAGAAGGAACAAGAGGAGGUGCGGCUGCGUAAGGUGAGGAAGAAAGAAGCUAAGCAGCGGUGGGAUGAUAGACACUGGUCUCAGAAGAAACUUGAUGAAAUGACCGACAGAGACUGGCGUAUCUUCAGAGAGGAUUACAGCAUCACCACCAAGGGUGGCAAAAUCCCCAACCCCAUCCGCUCCUGGAUUGAUUCCUCCUUACCACCACAUAUUCUGGAGGUUAUUGACAAGUGUGGCUACAAGGAUCCCACUCCUAUUCAGAGACAAGCCAUUCCUAUCGGUCUACAGAAUCGGGACAUCAUUGGUGUGGCUGAGACUGGCAGUGGUAAAACUGCUGCCUUCCUCAUUCCGCUCUUGGUCUGGAUCACAACUCUACCCAAGAUUGACAGAAUUGAGGAGUCUGAUCAGGGACCUUAUGCAAUUAUUCUGGCUCCAACCAGAGAAUUGGCUCAGCAGAUUGAGGAGGAAACAAUCAAGUUUGGAAAGCCUUUGGGUAUUCGAACUGUAGCUGUCAUUGGUGGUAUUUCUCGUGAGGACCAGGGAUUCCGCUUGCGAAUGGGCUGUGAGAUUGUGAUUGCCACUCCUGGACGUCUGAUCGAUGUGCUAGAAAACCGCUACCUAGUCCUGAGUCGAUGCACAUACGUGGUACUGGAUGAAGCUGACCGUAUGAUUGACAUGGGUUUUGAACCAGACGUCCAAAAGAUUUUAGAACACGUGCCAGUCACCAAUCAGAAGCCUGACACAGAUGAGGCAGAAGACCCAGAGAAAAUGAUUGCCAACUUUGAGUCUGGAAAGCACAAAUAUAGACAAACUGUCAUGUUUACGGCGACCAUGCCUCCGGCUGUGGAGAGGCUGGCCAGAAGCUAUCUUCGUCGUCCAGCAGUAGUGUACAUUGGCUCUGCUGGUAAGCCUCAUGAGAGAGUUGAACAGAAGGUGUUCCUCAUGUCUGAAGGAGAGAAGAGGAAGAAACUGCUUGCAAUCCUGGAGAAAGGCUUUGAUCCACCAAUUAUUAUCUUUGUCAACCAGAAGAAAGGUUGUGAUGUACUGGCCAAGUCCCUUGAGAAGAUGGGGUACAAUGCUUGUACACUACACGGUGGUAAAGGGCAGGAGCAGAGAGAGUUUGCCCUGUCUAAUCUUAAGGCUGGAGCUAAAGAUAUACUGGUAGCUACAGAUGUGGCUGGUCGAGGUAUCGAUAUUCAUGAUGUCUCUACGGUUGUGAACUAUGAUAUGGCUAAAAAUAUUGAAGACUAUAUCCAUCGUAUUGGUAGAACUGGCAGAGCUGGGAAGAGUGGUGUUGCCAUCACGUUCCUCACCAGAGAAGACUCAUCUGUGUUCUAUGAUCUUAAACAAGCCAUUCUCGAGAGUCCGGUUUCAUCUUGUCCACCUGAGCUGGCCAACCAUCCAGAUGCACAGCAUAAGCCUGGUACCAUCCUCACAAAGAAGAGAAGGGAAGAGACUAUCUUUGCUUGAGUUGUGCCUGGGUGCAUAAAAAAAACUGAUCUCUGGCACUUCUUCCAGAUUUUUAUGAUAUGAGCCGGACAUUAGAAACUUAAGGAAUAUUGUCACCAGUAACUGCGUUAUUUGUGAAGAGAUAACAAGUGCUUCUCUUGAUAAAACACAGUGGGACAGAUUUAGGCUACUCAGCGAGAUCCAUCAUAGGAUCUAAAUACCUGAGGGAAAACUCUUCAGGUUUGUCCCUAUUCAUUGUCAAUGGGGACAAAACUGAACGGAACAGAAUGCAUUCUGUUCUGUUUGGUUGCGUUCCCAUCACGGACAGAAAAAUGCUGCAAGACAGUGUAUUGCUAUUCACUUCAUACAUGGGUCAGGAUAACAAUCAGAUCCAAUGGGUUCCAAAUGAUGAGACCUUUUAAUAUUUGCACUUCAGAUGGAUCUGGCAUGAAAAACAAAGUCGAUGAUGCCGGAUCUGUUUUCUCAGACACAAAAGAAAACUGAUCUGGCGCCCAUUGACUUACAAUGGUUUUAGUGACUGAUUUGCCAUGGCUAUCUUAGAGAUAAUACAACCGGAUCUGUUCAUAACGG